CGAACGGCACACGUACAUUAAAACAUGGCCGCUUCACCGUCUUGAAACGACCGUCGUCCGUUUUCCCAACCGAUAUAAUUAAAAACCAAAAAAAUAAUAGGCAUUAACAUCAACCAAUUCCGCAAGUUUUCACACCGUACCGGUUAGGUUAAUCGAAAAACCUCGAAAUCGAGUACGCAUCAGAUUUGUUUUUCUCGCGUCCGUCAGAGAUAUUCACGCAGACAUGUACAACAGCUCUGGUUAUCCAAUGUAUCAACAACGUACACCUCAAAAUCAAGGAUAUGGCAAUGUUUUUAUGAAAUCCCAGAAUGGCAACGCAGAUUUUGGAGGGGCAAUGUUUAAACCUAUGAAUAAGGCCCCCGGUGAACUAUUGAGGAAACCGAACUGGACUCGUGAAUCACUUCAACCGUUCAAAAAAGACUUCUACGCUCCACACGUGGACACGGUCAAUAGGAGUCAAGAUGAUGUAAAUUCCUACCGAAAUGACAAAGCGAUAACUGUUCGCGGCACAAACGUUCCAGACCCGAGUCAAUUUUUUAUAGAAGGAAAUUUCCCAGAAAGCGUCGUUCAAGAGUUGAAGAAACAAGGUUUCUCAGAACCCACCGCUAUCCAGGCUCAAGGCUGGCCAAUUGCACUCAGUGGUCGCGAUCUCGUUGGCAUUGCGCAGACCGGUUCAGGCAAAACAUUAGCGUAUAUGCUGCCAGCUGCCGUUCACAUCAGUAACCAAGAACCGCUCCAACGUGGGGAUGGACCAAUCGCAUUGGUGUUGGCGCCGACCCGAGAACUGGCCCAACAAAUUCAAAGCGUAGCGAAAAUGUUCAGCUCGAGUAUAAGAAACACUUGUAUUUUUGGCGGUACCCCGAAAGGACCACAGGCUCAUGAUUUACAAAACGGAGUCGAAAUCGUCAUUGCCACCCCCGGGCGUUUGAUCGAUUUCUUAGAACGUGGAUCCACUAAUUUGAAACGAGUUACGUACUUGGUGCUUGACGAAGCCGACCGUAUGUUGGACAUGGGAUUCGAACCUCAAAUUAGGAAAAUAAUCGAACAGAUCAGACCCGACCGACAAGUAUUAAUGUGGUCCGCCACAUGGCCAAAGGAAGUUCAAGCGUUGGCUGCAGAUUUCUUAGUGGAUUACAUCCAAAUCAAUGUUGGAUCUCUGGAACUCGCUGCUAACCACAACAUCCAACAGUUCAUUGAGGUUUGCGAAGACCACGAAAAGGAUUACAAACUGUUUGAGCUACUGAUGAAAAUAUCCAUCGAGCCUGGUUUCAAAGCUAUUAUCUUUGUCGAGAAGAAAAAGAAAGUCGAUGAACUGACCAAGCAAAUCAGAAACGAAGGUUAUACCGCAACGUCUAUGCAUGGAGAUAAGUCUCAACAAGACAGAGAUCAUGUUUUAAAUGAAUUCCGAAAUGGAAAGUCUCCCAUACUGGUGGCCACCGACGUUGCAGCUCGAGGAUUAGAUGUUGAUGACGUAAAAUAUGUUAUCAACUUUGACUACCCAAAUUCAUCAGAAGACUACGUACACAGAAUUGGCAGGACUGGUCGUUCCAAACAAGUAGGCAUUGCUUACACGUUCUUCUCUUCAAACAACAUGCGCCAAGCCAAAGAUCUUAUUUCUAUUUUGGAGGAAGCCCAUCAAGUCGUACCUGAAGAACUCAUUGAAAUGGCCAACAUGGCAAAGAAUCACAUGUCGAGUCGCGCUAAAUGGACCAACCGCUACCGUGACGUCAACACACCUUUGGCUACUCAAGCUCCGUACGGUCAAGCAAACAAUGCCCGGCAGUCCAACCAAAACUACCAAAACGGAUCUAGUUAUGGCAACGGCUACACUAAUUACAACGCCGGAGGUGCCGCUGGCUACAAUAAUGGUGGAAACUAUACCAAUGGUCAAAACUACCAAAACAAGAGCUACAACGGCGAUAAAAACGCAGGAUAUCAACCCGGAACUGGCGGUGUUCAACGCAACGUUGUACCUAAAUACCAAAACCCGCAGUAUCAACCACAAUACAACGGUAGUGCUGUCCCGAAAUACACUCAAAAUCAGCCAAACACCGUGGGUUACAAUCGCAGUCAAAACACGUAUGCCAACAAUCCUCGCACCAACUACCAGCCCAAUCGUUACAACCAACAACGUCAGUUCUCCAACAUGACUGACAUGUAUGCCAACGCUCUACCUCCGCAGUACAUGAUGAAUAACGCCGCAGACGCUUCUAUUCAACCUUUGCUCGCCCACAAGUUCUUCCAACAGAACCGUCCCCCGCCAGCCGCCACUCAAGAAGCGUUCCAAAACGGUUUUGCCGCCGUACCCCAACCUGGUUAUCAGUACUACGGGCAGCCGCAGACAGUACAACAAUAAAACUAUAAUUAAUAUAAAAUUUAAAAAAACCUAUAUUUAACGAUUGUGACUUCUUAUCAAAUAAUUUUUGGAUUUAGGGGAUAAUUUUUUUUUCUUCCAGUGUUUAAUUGCAAAUCGAAGUCACAUUCCAAGUUUAAUUAAUAAAGUUAACUUUAUUGCUAAUAUUAUACCUAUAUUAUAUAAUCUAAUACUUUCUUUUUUGAAAUGCACAGAAAACUUGAAACAUCCAGAAGAAAUGCAUAAUAUAUUGACAAAACAUGGUUACUGCCUAACCUUAAAUAAAAUAUUUAAACUAGUCUUUAAAAAGUAUAAAAAAUAUGUGUUUUAUACAAAAUAUUUAGACGAUUUGAAUGAGUUCCUUUUUUCUUUUUUUUGCCAAGGGUCAAUUUUUUAUAACAAGUCCAUGUAAAUUGUAUAAAACUCGAUAAAAUUAACAUUAUGAUAUUAAUUUUUAUUUGUCUAUUAAUUUAUAUUGUAAAAAAAAAAAAUAAUAAUAAUACUCGAUCUGUGAUAUUUGUUAAAUGAUGUAUAGCGCGAAGUUCCCUAAUUUAGAUUUUAAGGGAUUUAUAUUAAACGAAUAUAAAUUAAAAGAAAAAUGUUUUAAGACACGUUUUUCUGUGGCAUCUUUAACAAAUCUGGGGGAAAUGGAAAGACUGAUAUGAAAACAAUUUCGUAUUUCUAUUUAUUUAUAAAUGCGGAAAGCUACUAGUUUUGUGUAGUGGUGCAAUAUAUAAUGUCGACCAAUAAAAUGUCUCGGAUUUUUUUUUUCUCCAACUAAAUCAUAUUGUGUAUCAUAUUGUUAUUUUAUUGAGAUGUUUUCUUUUUAUUAUUAUUAUUAUUAUUCUUUUUUUUCUUUUUUUUUUUUAUAAUAGUGAUCAAAAAAGUUUUAAGGUUUAUAUAGUAUUAAUGUGUAAGUUAAAUAUUUUUGUUUGUUUUUUUUUUUUUUGUAUAAGCUAAUAUGUGACCCUAUUUGUCGAUACGAAAUAAUGGCGUUUGUUUAGAACUAAACGCAUAAUAAUAUUAAAGGAUCUUCUGUAAGUUUCUACAUUAAAGUGCAUUUCUUUUAUUCAAACAA